AUCUCCACCUGCCCGAUGCCGCUGUCAUACAGCCGCCGCUCCAGCCUUUCGGACACUAUGGACGUGACAACCAACGAGAAGGCCACCAUGCAGAACCUCAACGACCGUCUGGCCACCUACCUGGAGAAGGUGCGCUCCCUGGAGAAGUCCAACGCCGAGCUGGAGCUGAAGAUCAGACAGUUCAUGGACAGCAAGGCCUCGCCUGCCUCUCGGGACCACAGGGGCCAUCUUGCAGUGAUGAGUGACCUACAGGCCCAGAUUCGUCAGUCUUCGCAAGAAAACGGAGCGUUAUUCCUCAGCAUUGAUAAUGGCAAACUAGCCCUGGAGGACUUCAAAGUCAAGUAUGAGAACGAACUGGCCCUCAGGCAGUCAGUGGAGGAAGACAUUGCAGGGCUGAGGAGGUUGAUGGACACCCUGACGUUAGCCAGAUCCGACCUGGAAACGCAGAUCGAGGAGCUCCAAGAGGAGCUGAUCGUCCUGACGAAGAACCACGAGGAAGACCUUUCAGACAUCCAAGCACAGAUGAGCGGUCAGGUCGAUGUGGCCGUGGAUGCUGCACCACAGGAGGACCUGAGCAAAAUCAUGGAAGACAUUCGCAGACAUUACGAGACCAUUACCUCCAAGAACCGGAAAGAACUUGAGGUCUGGUUCCAGAGCAAGACUGAAGAAAUUAACAAGGAAGUCAUCGUCAAAACAGAAACCCUCAAGACAUCGAAGUCAGAGACUACAGACAUUCGCCGCAACUUUCAGGGCCUUGAAAUUGAGCUGCAGUCCCAGUUAAGCAUGAAAUCCUCUCUGGAGGGGACACUGCAAGAGGUGCAGUCCCAGUACACCUACAUGCUGGGGGGCUUCCAGGAGAAGGUGCUGACCCUGGAGGACCAGCUGUCCCAGCUGAGGGCCGACAUGGAGGGCCAGAGCAACGAGUACCAGAGGCUGCUGGACACCAAGACCAGGCUGGAGCUGGAGAUCGCCGAGUACAGGAGGCUCCUUGAGGGAGAUAUCAACUAUACACCUACCGCAUCAACGGCCAAGGCUAAGAUCAUCAUACUCACAGAGGAAAUAGUUGAUGGAACAGUGGUCAAGUCCUCUUCCACAACAGCCAAUGAGAAGUGAGCCUUGACCUACACUGAAUGAGGAGAGCAAUGGACUAUUGAACAAAAACUGCAAACAACAAUAAAGCUGCAUGUUGGGAACAUACAAUAGUGCCUCCCUGUGGUGUAUUUAUGAAAUGUCACUUGCGAUUCUCAAUUUGCAAAUGGAGAAGCAGCUGUAUUGAUAGACAAUGUUCACUGUUUUGCCAUACAAAUGUAUUUGUGACUUGUAAUAUUCCAUUGCAUACACUACCAAGUUAAUUUUAUGAAGGUGAAACACUGAGAUCAAACUGGAAGUCAACAUUAGAAAAGUCCACACAUCCCUGUACCUACCUCUUGUACUAAAUGAGAAAUAAAAUUGAAUAAACUAAAUUAAUUGUAUUUAUUCUACUGUGCACACUACAUGAGACAUGAAGGUGUAGGCCUUUGAUUAUAUCAAAUGGGAAUGAAAUACCAGUUUUAGAAUGGUUCAGCACUGUACAAUAGAAAUACAACCAUGUGCCAACACUGAAAACACACCAGUACUGAACUUUAGAGAAUGAGGGACGCCAGUCAGUAUCUGCAUCCAUC